UGUCCUGUACCGAUACUAGAUCACAAUACCGAUAACUGUUUUGCAAAGCGUGUUUAUUAAACCGUCUCCUCUGCUUUGUGCACAAUCUUCAAUAUGGACUACGCCAACCUCCCAACCCCCGCCACUGCCGUGGCCGACUUCUGUCUUAUUCCCAUUGGCACCCCGACUGCAUCCGUCUCCGCGGAGGUCGCUGCAGUCCAGCGCCUCAUGAAAGCAAGUGGUCUCUCUUACACCAUGCACUCUGCUGGUACUACCGUUGAGGGCUCCUGGGACGCUGUCUUCCGCAUCAUCGGACAGGCCCACACGCUUGUGCACAAUAAUGGCGUUCUCCGCGUCCAGACCGACAUCCGCGCCGGCACUCGCACGGACAAGAAGCAGCACUUCGCUGAGAAAGUAUCCAAGGUCGAAGCCAUCCUCGCUGCAGACGUGAGCACGAAGGCCGAAGGCGCAUCAGGAGGCAGCCAUAUUGAUGCCGAGAGGAACGAGGGCUACAUCGCCGGGGACGCGAAGGUGGGCGAACCGGCUGCGAAGGCAGGCACCGCGAAGGCGUCGAAGAGUGAGGGCGAGGGUGCCUCCCUAGGUGGGACGCAGGUCGGGCCCGGAAAGGUCAAGGGAAACUGGGCGAGUCUGCUCAAGAAGUAGCUCUUAGCCAGCCAGCAACACCUUAAGUGUUCGAUUAUCCAUCUCGCUCGUCUUUCUUAUAACAUGCGUCCCCUGUGCCUGUCGGCGAGUUGCCCUCGCUCUCCUUCAAUACCUGCAUCUCCAUCUCCUCCCCACAUCCCUCACACGCCCACAUCUCACGCACCCAGAGCGCCGCAUUCUUAGCCGCGGCGCUUCGGCGGCGACAGGCCCCGGCCCGUCCG